AUGGGAAAAGAUUUUUUGAGGCCGAUUUACCAGGCCGGUCCUCCACCGAUUGACCUUGGCUGGGGUGUCCACAGCGGCAUCUCCGAUCGCCGGGAUCUUUUCUCUAUCCUUGUCGGCACUGGUUGUAAAAUUCUUAUUAGGUACUACUCAUGUGCAUCUGUUAUGAUAAAAAUGGCAUCUGUAGACAAAAAUUUACUUAAAUUGUCACAAGCGUUUCAGUACAUAAGUUCGAGCGAUUCGACAAAUAAAGUCCUAGCCAUUCUAAACAGUGAUUUUGAUGUUAAUUUUGCAAUGCCAGUUGAUGAGCAAACUCAGUAUUACAAAACCAAACAAAAGCUGCGAGGCUGUACUGCUUUACACUUUGCUGCUAAGAACCGUUUUGGUGAAAAAUAUAUAGAAGUUUUACUAAAAAGAGGUGCCGAUUUCAACCACAAAAAUCAUGAUGGCCUCACUCCAUUGCGCUUAAUUUUUGGGAAACUCGAAAAACACGGUUUUUAUAAGGUCUUUGUAUCAGACUACAUGUCUAUGAUCAACCGAUUACUACUUGCUCAUCUUGAGUAUAACAAUACAGUAAAUCCGUACUGCAACAAUGGCAUAUCUCAUUUCCACAUAGCUUGUACUGUAAGUAAUCUGAAGGUUGCAAAAUUUUAUUUAGAAGCUGGAGUUUCAGCCAAUGAAGCUAUCUAUAACAGUUCAAAAAUUUUACCUGGCUACUCACCUUUGCACAUUGCCAUAAGAAAUCGAGACAAAGACAUGGUUCACUUGCUUUUAGAAUACGGCGCAGAUUACAACUGUUUGGAUUCUAAUGGUAUGAGUCCAUUACAUUGUCUCAGUGACAAGUCUUGUAAUGAAGAUUUGCUUCUGAAGAUUGGCAAACAGCGUAAAAACAAAACAGUGAAAAAUGAGGGCAUACUAGACCUAAUAUCAAAACCCAGUACAGACAAUUUCAACCCCUUGGAUCAUAUGGGCUUGACUCAAUUGCACAUAGAGUGCAUAAAAAGACAAAACGCUGAUACACUGGAUGAUCUAGAGGAAUUGUUAAAAGGCAAUGUGGAUGUAAAUGCUGCUGUGAACUUUGAUGCGCCCAUUUGGUCAGGCUACACUGCAUUGCACUUUGCUGUUGACUGCAGUACGCGAAUGGUGAUGUUGCUUUUGAAAUAUGGUGCAGAUCUCAUGUGUAAGGACGCAAAGGAAAUGACCCCUUUAGAUUUGUGUCUCAAUAUAUACGAGCCCAGUGACAUAAGCUGCAUUUUGAAGAAUUACAGUACCAUGGAUACUGUUCGAUUUCAGAAUGGUGCCAGCUUGGUCGAAAUCUUGCGUGCAUUCAAAUCAGCCAAUACAUUGCGUGAUUAUUUAAAAAUCAUCGAUGUUAACACCGCACUUCCACCAAACUCACCCAUAUGGCCGGGCUAUACGUUAUUGCAUCUGGCUGUUGUUUUGUCACGAGAUAGUAAUAACAGCAAGGUCAAAUUAUGUUUGAAGUUUGGAGCAGACGUCACAAUUAAAAAUGCUAAUAACAUGACGGCCCUCCAUUUGGCUUUUCAAAUGAAAAAGAAAGAUUGCAUCAAAGUAAUGUUAGAUGCUCAUGCAAAAAAAUCAGCUAAUCCAAUAGACAACAACAAUGUAUCCCAUUUCCACAUAGCUUGUGCAGCUGCAAACAUUAAAGCAGUAAACAAGUUUUUAGCUGAUGGUAUCAAUCCUGACACACCUUUGCAACCUUACAUUCGAGAUUUUUUGAAGACAUAUUUCUACCAGGAAUACACGGAUACUAUAAAAGUUGGUCUGACACCCCUCCAAAAUACAAUGUACAAUUCGUUGUCGAAAAACUGUCAAAAUUUAGUAAAGCUGCUCAUAGAAUUCAAAGCUGAUCCACAUGCAGUAGAUGCUGAUGGUUUUACAUGGAUACAAAGAUCAUUUUUUUGUACAAAAUCCUUCUCCCCGGCUACUUAUUACAGAUCAUUAUGGGCACACCCUGAUGCACUGAAAUCAAAUCCUGUAGGUCCAGGCGGACUGUCCCACCUACAUGUAGCUUGUUUCUUGGGCAGCAAAGCAGCAGUCAAAGCUUUGUUGCCGUUGACGAAAAAUAUCAACGAACCAAUAAGCCGUGAGAUACUGAAGUAUGUUAAAUGUCUUCCCACUUUCACUUAUCCCAUAAGCGUAGGAGACACUCCACUACAUUUGGCCGUGAAAGGUAGGAUGAUGGAAAACGUUACGUUGCUUUUGGAAAAUGGUGCAAAAAUCGUAAAAAACGCAGAUGGCUUUACUCCGAUACAUGUUGCAUUGAUCCGUUUUCGUUUUGAUUCACCAACGAUAUUGAGACAAUUGUUGAAAAAAUUUAUCAAAAGCAACAAUCCAGACAAAGUAGGAAUGACUCCGUUACACGUUGCCUGUGCCUUACAAGACAUAUCUUUGACCAAAAAGUUGCUCAUCAAUGGAGGCGAUUUAAAUAGCCGGAUUGAUUCUAAUUCUCCAGUAUUCCCCGACUACACUGCCUUGGAAAUCUUAAUGGAUAAAUUUGCUUCUGAAAACAAAGACGAUUUUCUACGAGUACUUGUCUCUCACAUCCUCAAAAACGUGGAGGAUUCAAAUUCAAGAGAUCAGGAGUUACACGCAAUGCCUAAACGUCGAAGAAAAUGCACGUUGAAAAACGAUAAACAGCCCAUCAACUCGAAAGCAGUUCUAUUUGCUUUUCACUACAGUUGUGCAAGUAGUAAUUCCCAAGCUGUUGAAACGUUCAUAAAGUACGGUGUUAAUGUCAACGCUCCCAGGAAUUAUAUUGUAGAUUCUGAUGCUGGUUACACUCCGUUACAUUUUGCUGUUAAAUAUGGAAGUGAAAACGUCAUUCAAGUACUACUGAAACACGGUGCUGACGUUACUUUAGAAGACUCUCAUGGAAACUCUCCUCUACACCUAGCUGCCAAAUGUUCCCCGGAUAGACUUGAAAUAUUCCUGAGAACGUGUAAAGCUGACUUUGGAAUGAAAAAUGCUUUUGGCCGAACCCUAUUGGAUUUACUGCAAGAUAAUAAGCAAGCUCAAAGUAAUAACUUUUUAAGCCUACUUAAAAAUGACUCGGCAAGCAAUAUAGACCUGCCGACAAAGAUGAGGCUUGUGAAAAAUUUAAUUCGACGAUUUUCCGGCCAAGAUUUUCAAUCGCUAAUUGAGCACAUACCAAACAUAAGCGAUAUAGAUACUGAUAGUCGUAACAUUUUCCACAAUCUCGUUUUGUUUGCUAAUGCUUUAACUAUAAGCUUUGACGAAUACGUUAAGAACCUUGAAUUGCUCUUAAAAAACGGUUGUGAGCUUGAGGGUCGUGACAAUAGUGGGAAAACACCUCUUCAUUUGGCAGUGUUUUCAAAAAAUUCGGAAUGUAUCGGAGCAUUCCUUUCAAUCGGAGCAGAUGUAAAUGUCUAUGAUUUUAGUGGAAAAACAGCAUACCAGAGCUGUUGCGAUCUUUCCACGUUCGAUGCAAUAAACGAGCACGUUUGUAAAAUAUACCAUGCUGGUUUAUACCUCAAUUGUCAGUAA